AUGGGUGUCUUCUUUCCAGCCACAUGCAUUACGGGAUUGCUUUUCAUAGCGUCAACGUGGGCGCAGAACAACACCUCGCUGUUGCGAUUGCAGCUAGGACCUCAGGAUGUGACGAUCAUUGUUGGGGAAACGAGAAAUGUAACGCUCCGCCUGCACGGACCCCUAGCGGACCGGGUGACCGUCAACUUCACGCAAACCAACGUGACCGAUGGUAACGAGUACGUGCAAGUAGUUCCGGCUUCGAUCGAUUUCGAACCACCCUCGACGGACUUUAUCGAUCGUUCCGAGCGCGUGUCGUUACGUGGCCUGCGCGCCGGCAUAUUUGAUCUGCUGGCCCACCUCUGGCCAACCGGAGAGCUGACCGACCAAAGUCAAGCGUUCGUCCGUGUGACGGUAGCAAAAUCAUGGAACCUCAUUGGCGCAUCGUCCUUGAUUGGCUGGGCAUACUUUUUGGCCUGGACGUGGUCUUUCUGGCCACAGAUUUGGGAAAACCGAGCACGAGCCAGCGUGGUCGGGCUAUCGUUCGAUUACCUUGCGCUUAACCUGCUAGGACACAUGAUGUACGCCGCGUUCAAUUGCGCCCUUUUCUGGAACGGCUCCGUACAGGAGGACUACCUGCGCCGUAAUCCUAGAGGGCUUAUUCCGGUGCUCGCCAACGACGUGGCGUUUUCGCUGCAUGCCGUUUUUGCCACCGGGCUCAUUAUCGUGCAGUGUUUCAUCUACGAGCGCGGCCAGCAGAAGGUGUCGUACACGGCGCGUGCCCUUAUGGUGGUGUUUGGGCUGGUUGUGCUGAUAUCUGGCGUACUGGUUGCGACCGGUACGUACCACUGGUUAGAUUUCUUUUACAAUCUUAGCUACAUAAAGUUGGCCAUCACGCUGGUGAAGUAUAUACCACAGGCAGUGCUUAACUACCGGCGUAAGAGCACUGUCGGUUGGAGUAUCGGGAAUGUCCUGCUUGACUUUACCGGAGGAUCGUUCAGCAUGAUCCAGAUGCUGGUCAAUGGGUAUAACUACGAUGACUGGGAUUCUAUUUUCGGGGACCGUGCCAAGUUUGGGCUCGGUCUAUUCUCCGUUUUAUUUGAUGUGCUCUUCAUUAUUCAGCACUACGGCUUGUACAGAAACUCCAAUUAUAUUGAACUGCGAGGUGAAAACUUUCCCGGCCCCGGGAGUGUGACGACUGCCCCCAGGCAGGAUGUAACCACUUAGACGAGAGUCUGAUGCCGAUA